GUCUUGAUUUCUAAGACGUGAGAUCGAUUUCUUAUGUGAUUGUUUUGUCUCCUGUGAAGAGAGUGUAACUUUUGUCCAUAUGCACAGCAAUUUGUCUGACAUUGACAAUCCUGCAUUUCGCACUGUUAACGAAAGAUAUUUGCUACCUAAAAUCGUUCUGACAGCUUGUGCUAUUCCUUUCGAAAGGUGUAAGCAAUCGUGCAUGCAGUAAUCUAUGUGGAUAUUUUCUAAACAAUGCCUUUAAUUGGACCUUUUCUAGUUUCAAUGUGUCAAGACAAGUAGAUAGCAAUUUUGCUCUGAGAAGAUGGAUUUGCAGUGAUGCAGAAUUUUUCUGUUAUCAACAUACAGUACCAGUUCACUCCAGGUCCUUCAGUGUCUGAAUGACUACCUCAUGUCUGUGCGCUGGGACUGAUAAACUGAUUUCCAGUCUCAGACAGCACAACACAGUUCAGGAGUAACAAUGUUUAGCACCACACAAACUUCCAAAACUCAGUUCCUGGACAAAGCCCGGGCAGCUCGAGAGGAGAGGAAAGGGCAGAAGGAACGUGAACGAGCGACUAUUCAGAUUCAGGCGGUCGUCAGGAGGUACCUCUGUAGGUGUCGGCUACUUCGAGAAAUCAGGUUGGAAGUUGAUGAUUUUUUUGAUACCUAUGAAGCAAAUUCAUCAAAAAGAAGUGCACUUGCUUUAUUUAAAAUCACGAGGAAGUUUCUGUUUGUGUAUCACAUGAAGGAAGAUAAAGAUAGACUUCAGAAGCUGUGUCGCUGUAUCCUUAACAGCAUGGAAGUAGAGAAUGAGUCCAAGGUCUGGUAUGUAUCAUUGGCACUCUCCAAAGAUCUCACCCUGCUAUGGAUAAAACAAGUUAAAGACCUCCUCUGGCUCUGCUGUGAGUUUCUGAAGCAGUUGAAGUCUGAUAUUCUGCAAGACUGCAAGCUCAUCACAUUGUAUCUCACCGUGCUGGUCACAUUCACAGACACCUCAACCUGGAAAAUACUGAGAGGGAAAGGAGAAGUCCUGAGGCCUGCCAUGAAUCACAUCUGUGCAAACAUCAUGGGGCAUCUCAAUCAAAAGGGAUAUUACACAGUGCUACAGAUAUUGUUAACAAAUGGACUGGCAAGAUCAAAACCUUCUUUGUCCAAAGGCACUUUAACAGCUAUUUUCACCCUUGCAUUACGCCCAGUGGUUGCUGCCCAAUUCUCAGACAACCUGCUCCGUUCCUUUCUGCUGCACAUCAUGUCAGUCCCUGCACUGGUGACACAUCUGUCUACAUUAGUACCUGCGUGCAUGGCUAUGGUCCAUUCCCAUGAGCUGCUACGGAAAUUCAUCUUGUUUUUAAGUCGAGACGAGCAAUGUGGUGAUAUCUGCGUGUGCUUGGAGGGAAGCCAUACACUUUGUCUGCAGGGGAAUCUAAUUUAUCUGGCCUACCUGUCUGAGAAAGUUUUGGAGGAGGAGACAAAUCACUUGGUCAGUGUGCUGACUGCCAUGCUGUCGUAUUGCCAGAAAUAUGUAUCUCAGAAGAAGUCCAACCUGACGCACUGGCAUCCAGUACUUGGCUGGUUCUCACAGACUGUUGAUUAUGGGUUGAAUGAAGCAAUGCCUCUAGUCACCAAGCAGUUACAGUACUUGUGGAGUGUGCGGGUCAUUCGCAUGCUGUUCCAUGACGUGUUGAGCAAGAAACUGGCUGAGACCCAAGACAUGGCAAAUACUCAAUUCUCCAGUCCUUCUAACAACAUUCAUGUCAAAAAUCUCUUCAUACGAGCAUUUCAGAAGUCGGCGUCCAUGCGAAACAUUCUGAAGCCAGUGGGUGGGAAGCGUGUGGACUCUCCUGAAGUGCAAAAGGUCUGCAGUAUCUGUGUGCUAUAUCAGACAGCACUGACUACACUCACUCAGAUUCGACUCCAGAUUCUCACAGGGUUAACCUAUUUGGAUGAUUUGUUGCCCAAGUUGUGGGCAUUCAUUUGUGAGCUAGGGCCCCAAGGGGGCCUAAAGCUUUUCCUUGAGUGCCUGAACAAUGAUACUGAGGAAUCCAAGUGUCUUCUUGCAAUGCUAAUGUUGUUUUGUGACUGCUCACGGCACCUGAUCACGUAAGUUUGUGUGAGAUUUGGGAUAAACCUGCAUGGGGUAGUGGGUUGAUCAGGGAGGAACAGAACAAUCUACUUUAAAGGGGAGCAGACGUUAAAGGUCAGGUCCUUCUGCUCUAAAAUACUUCCUAAUUUUAUAGAUGAAAUUAGUAAGGAAAGCAGUCAUUCAUUUUGUUUUUAAAUGUUCUUUCUCUUGCCUGUACAAUGUCAGAUGGGAUCAUGCCCUCUAGACACUCUGGUAACCUGACUGGUGAGAAAUGUCAAUAAAAGAUCAAAUCAAAUCAAAUCAA